AUGAUUCUAAGCGGCGGCCACGGAAUGGACGGGGAGAAAGGGUCGGACGGUGGGGAUACGAGAGACGGCGCGUCUAAUAUGAGACGAGCCGCCACGGAUUUGCCACGUACCAAGUCGCCCUACACCCGGCGGUCCGCGUACCUGACGGCCCGGCAACGCGUGGCCGUCGCGUCGAGAUUUUACAACGAGCUGAAGCGGAAUACGCUAGUGGGGGAGGACUACAAGGUGCAGAUCCACACGGAUAACUUCCCUCGGGAACUCCAGGAGGAGUUUCUGCACAUGUUCGCGCAGCCGCAGGACCAGGCGGGCAGAGAGGGCGAGAUUAUUGCGCCGCGCGCGGCGGAGAGCGUGGGGAAGCUGAACAUCUGCAUACUGAUCGUGGGGACCCGCGGGGACGUUCAACCGUUCAUCGCCAUUGGUCAGAAACUGAAGGUGCGGCGCACGGGGGAAAAGGGCGCGGAGGUGGGCUACGGGCACCGCGUGCGGCUGGCGUCGCACAGCAACUACCGCGACUUCGUCAUCGCGGGCGGGCUCGAGUUCUACCCCCUGGGCGGCGAUCCCAAGGUUCUCGCGGAAUACAUGGUGAAGAACAAGGGCUUCCUGCCAUCCAGCCGCAAGGAGGUGCUGCAGCAGCGGCGGCAGCUCAAGUCAAUCAUUUUCUCCACCUGGCCCGCCUGCACCCAGCCCGACCUCGCCAGCAAUGGCGCCCCCUUCCGUGCUGACGCCAUCAUUGCCAACCCUCCCGUGUACGGUCACGCCACAGUGGCAGAAGCACUGCAAGUGCCCCUCCACAUGUUCUUCACCAUGCCAUGGAGCAUGACGACAGAGUACCCCCACCCCCUGGCUGGCGAGAUGCAUGCCUACACAGGCUACGAGAACCAGCUAUCAUACGUGGUGGUGGAGGGGCUAAUGUGGCUGGGCGUGAGGGACUUUAUCAACAGUUUCCAUAAGAAGCUCAAGCUGCCGCCCAUCCCUCUGCGCAACCGCCCCAAGAUGCGCAUCCCCUUCGGCUACAUCUGGAGCCCCACCCUCGCCCCCAAACCGCAUGACUGGGGAAACCUGAUAGACGUGGUGGGGUUCUGCUUCCUCAACCUGGCAGAUCACUACUCGCCCCCGGCGCACAUCCAGCAGUGGCUUAACUCUGGCCAACCGCCUGUCUUCAUCGGCUUCGGUAGCCUGCCGGUAUCAGACCCCAAGGGUCUGACUCAGAAGUUUGUGGAAGCUCUAGAGCGCACAGGACAGCGCGGGAUACUGCAGGAGGGCUGGGGGGGGCUGGGCAAGAUGGAAACACCCAAUGAGAACGUGCUGGUGGUCGGCAACUGCCCGCACGACUGGCUCUUCCCUCGCUGCAGGGCCGUGGUGCAUCACGGGGGCGCCGGCACCACUGCUGCCGGGCUCAAGGCUGCGUGCCCCACCACCAUCAUCCCAUUCUUCGGAGACCAGCCCUUCUGGGGGGCACGCGUGCAUGCAGCGGGGGUGGGUCCAGAGCCCAUCCCCAUCGGCUCACUCACGCUCGACAAGAUUGUAGCAGCCAUUGAUUUCAUGAUCCGAGAUGAGGUGGUGGCAGCAGCGAGAGAGCUAGCCGUCAAGAUAUCUAAAGAGGAUGGGGUGGACGGAGCAGUGGAGGCGUUUCACAAGCACCUGCCGCCGGGGUACCACUCCCAGGAGCAAUGCACACCGUGGCUCGAAGCCUCUCCCGGUGCGGACUACGGUUCAGACUGUUCCUGCUGGCCUUGGAGCUGUGGGGAUGCUGGUGAUGCGGAGGGGGAGGAGGAGGAAAAGAAGAGUUAG